UCAACUUCUAAUGCUUCAACCCCGCCCUGCAGGCUGCAGGCUGCCGCCUCCGUUGGCUUGCUCGCAGUUGGUCCAAUUCGUGCCCUCCUCUGUUUCUCCAUCCCUUCCGUCCAUUGUUGCCCGUCUUCUGACUGCGAGCUGCUGGCGGCCACAUUGAUACGACAACAGCCGAGUUCUCGCGAACCCAGUACACGAUUUACAUCAGAAUAAGAAGCCAGCGAAGCAAUGCGACUCAUCAACACGCAGACGCUGAAACUCAAAGAGUUCUACGGCACCAAUAUUCCUCAGUACGCGAUUCUAUCUCAUACGUGGGAAGAAGAAGAGGUCGACUUUGGGCAGUUCUCGCGGCUGCCACACGCUGAACUAGCCAGGAGAAAGGGCUUCGCCAAGAUCAAACAAGUUUGUCGCCUCGCAAGAGGGGCUGGCAUUGAGUGGGCGUGGUUGACACGUGUUGCAUCGACAAGAGCAGCAGCGCCGAGCUGACCGAGUCCAUCAACUCAAUGUUCGCAUGGUAUUUGGGAUCGAAGGUCUGCUACGCAUACCUGUCAGAUUUGAAACCUGAUGCGCAGCGAAAGGAGGGGGAGGCACCGGACAAUGACGCUGCCUCAGGGCCGACCGAAAAGGAGCACGACACCGAGUCUCAUAUUGAGCAUGACUCGCUGGCCCAAAGAGUCGCCAAAUACGCCCACUGUCGGUGGUUCACCCGCGGCUGGACGCUCCAGGAGUUAAUUGCGCCGCGUCGGUUGGGGUUCUACAACCAGAACUGGGAGUUCCAGGGGGAAAAAUCCGAGCUGAGUGCUGUGCUGACUGAGAUAACGAGGAUCAGCCCGGCCAUCCUCGACGACGCGAGUUUGUUGCCCACCGUUCCAGUGGCGCAGCGCAUGUCCUGGGUGUCUAGGAGGGAGACCACUCGCGAGGAGGAUAUAGCGUAUUGUCUUCUUGGUAUCUUUGACGUCCAUAUGCCCUUGCUGUACGGCGAAGGCAAAAGAGCGUUCAUCCGUCUUCAAGAGGAGAUUAUCAAGGACACCAACGACCCCAGUCUCUUCGGAUGGCUUUUGGACUCGGAACAGGCCAGCUCCCAAAAGCAUUGGGGCAUCCUGGCCCCCUCACCCGCGGCCUUUGCUGACUGCGCCGAUAUUGAGUUGCGGGUGGAUCCGAUGCACAACAACGAAUGCGCCAUCACGAGCAAAGGGCUUCGCUUCACGCCCGUCCCAGGAGGCGGGCUGCGGUUCGGGGAGAGGGGCAUGUCAGCCACGUAUGUUAUGAAUUUGCAAUGCCGCCGACGCAACAGAGUCGAGAGUCUCGGCAUAUUUCUCGAGCAGCAAGGCUGCGACGUAUACACCAGGGUGAAGCCGGACAAGCUGUCCAAGUCACGACGGUCCUCGGACGACAAGCAUCGUACCUUUUACGUUACGAAGACCGUGCCACCCGCCAUGGCCAUCAUGCUCCGGACUAGCCAUCGGGACGCCGUCAACCUGUCGCGGGCGCUAGACACGCUGGGGGAGUUGAAAAUUUGGCCGGCGGAAACAGAAGCCUUCGAACCGGCCGGUCACUGGGACCGUCAGCGCUGCAUGUUUCUGACUCGCGGUACGAGGCAUUUCAGAGGCAUAGCUAGGUUCCUGCAGUUGGUGCCCGGUGGCACGUGGCGCAGUUUGACGAUAACGCUUCUCCUGUAUAACGAAAAUCUUCGGGUUCUUCUAGAGUACGAUGAUGCCAGCAAGAAUGCCAAUGACCUAGGCCAGCUACCGACUGUGAACGUGCUCGUCAUUGAACCACUCCCAGAAGGGACACAAAAGGUGCAGCUAACCGCAAGAGCGGUGCGGGAAGAGAUGGAUGGUCAGCCUGUCUAUUUCGUGAUGAUUGACAAGCUCUAUGUAUAUGAUAUGAUCUCGAGUUCUUGACUCUGCGAGGUUCAAAUGUCGAGAUGUCAUGGGUUUUCUGCCUGGUUUGUGUUGUUCGG